AUGUUAUCAAGAACUAGGUAUGGAUCCUAUUGGCUGCCAGCUAAAGCAACUUGGUUUGGUGCUCCCAAUGGCGCUGGAACAGAUGGAGGAGCUUGUGGAUUUGGUAGUGCAGUGUCACAACCUCCUUACUCUUCAGUAGUUUCGGCAGCAGGCCCAUCUCUCUUCAAAUCAGGCACGGCAUGUGGAGCUUGCUAUCAGGUAAAAUGUACAAGCGAUCCAUCUUGCUCUGGCAGACCAGUGAGGGUAGUUAUCAUAGAUUCUUGUCCUGGAGGUCCUUGCGCAAGCGACUCUGCACAUUUUGAUCUCAGUGGAACUGCAUUUGGCCGCCUAGCAUAUCCUAAUAAUGCAGAAAGGCUUCGUGCCAAGGGUGUUUUGGAUAUUCAAUAUAUGCGCGUUCCAUGUAAUUACGGAGGGAAGAAGAUAGCCUUCCGGGUUGACGUCGGUUCGAAUCCAUAUUACUUCGCCGUAGUGACUGAAUUUGAAGGAGGAGAUGGCGAUCUUAUCAGUGUAGAGUUGAAAGACUCCUCAGCAUGGUCGAACUGGAGGUCUUUGCGCCAAUCAUGGGGUGCUGUAUGGAUGCUCAAUGCUGCUUACCCGUUAAAACCUCCCUUUUCGCUUCGGCUAAGGACCCAGUAUACCGGCAAGACCUUGGUGGCUAGCAAUGUGAUUCCAUGGGGUUGGAGCCCCGGCAACAUUUACCAAUCAACUGUGAACUACACAUGA